AUGGGGUUUCUGAUGAGGAGCGGAAUGGGUGGGAAUUGUUAUGCUUAUGUAAACGUUAUUGGGAAGAGAAAUGAUGCUAAUGGGAUACGAUUUAUCACUAUCGAUGAAGGUUACACUCUCGAACUUCCUUUUCUAUUCGGACUGAUGUCCGAGGAAUUCCAAGACGAUAUUCUGUUUAGGAAACACGAUGAGGGUUUUCAGGGGAUUGCUAGACAGUCACGUGGUAAUUUAUACAUUCGAUUUAUUUCGGUGGACUGGAUUAAGAGGUUUUGGACUGAUGAGGAUAUGUUACUCUCGUGGAAUAGAUUUCUCAUACAUUCCGGCUAUUGCGAGACUAAUGAUAUGAUAGAAAAGUGGAUGACGGUUAGCUAUCGGGAAGUGGAAGCGGUAGAGGGAUAUAAUCGAGCGACGGGUUCGUAG